UAGCAAACCCAAAAACACCGAAAAUACUCACCGAUAUACUUUAGAACACAAUACAUGACUUAGACAAAGUCAAAUUUCCCUCCAAAUAAAAAUUUUCGUUUUGUUUGUAUUGUCCCGAGUCUCCUAGCAACGCAUAUAAACAAAGACAACAUUGUCAAAGUUGAGCCAUAUUUCAUCGUUACGUUUAAUAAUGGACUGGAAUUACCUCUUUUCGCUAACUCCUGAAGACCUCAGCGAGGAAGAAAAAGACGGGUUGUACAACACAGUGACCUGGUUUAACUGCGACGGUGAAGAUUUAAGUGUGAAGAAGUGCGUCACGGUUAUUAAAAUUACACAGGAAGUGCUGAAGUACAAAGGGGAGCAAGUGGAGGUUUUGUUGCACAAGUUAGACGAGUUGGCGACCCAACAAGGGGAGGAAGAAGGUAGAAGAAUUGAGUCUGAUACAGAAGUAAGAAGUAGCAGGUCGCGAAAAUCGAGUUCUAUAGAGCUUGAAAAUCUAGAACAAAAAUAUCUAGAGUUGAAAAGCAAAUACAAGAAGCAAGGGCGCAUAAAUGAGAAGAAUUCGAACGAAAUUAGUAAGCUUCAAAAGAAGGUUACUAAUUUAGAACAAGAGAAGAAUCGCUUAAUUAGCGAGUUACAGGUAGCCAGUCAGGAUGAUACGCGGUCAGAUGUGUCAGAAACCGUGAAGGAACAACAUAAAGAGCUGGUGAAUACUGUGCAUGUCAAGAAUAAGCAAAUUUCUGAUUUGUUGCGGGAUAUAGAGGCAACUGAACAAGACAAUGUAAUUUUACGCGAAAAACUGACGACUGUCAGAGACGAACUUUCCACAGCUACGAAAGAACUGACGUCGCUGACUGAAAAUUUUAAAGCUUCUAAAAUCGAUCAGGAAGAAUCUCUUGAAAACGUAAAGAAACUGACUGCCGAGAAUGAAAAUUUACAAGAAGAAAUACGAGACAUUUUGGAACAGAAACGUCAGUUCGAACAAGAAAUGGAGGAAUUCACCGAAGAAGUCAAUCUCAGAGUGGACGAGUGGAAGAAAAUACUCGAAGAAAAAGAAAAAGAGAUAAAUGAUCUGCGUUCACGUCAGAUACCACCAAGCCACCACUCUUCCAUGUCCAGCAUCCCUCAAGACAACGAACAGACGCAAGUUUCCGCCCUCAGCAAAGUUCUACUAGAACGAGAGAAACAACUGCUCGAAGUGAAAACGCAGCUCCAGGAAGCGGUCAAAGAGAUGGAGGAAACAACAGCGUCGAUGCAACAACUCAAAGACAACAAAACAGAAAACGAGAGAACAAUUAACGACUUAUCACAGUCGGUUAAAGAAUUCAAAAAACAGCUAAAAUCGACCCACGAGCGGUGUCAAGAUUUGCAAAACGAUUUAACACACGCUGAACAGUUAGUCGUCAAGAAGGAAAACGACAUCCAACAAAUAUUGACGAAGUUGAAGGAGAAAGGUCAGACGGAGUUGUCAGACGUUUUCGAGGAAAUUCAACAACUGAAGGGUCAGAAUCGAGUCCAGGAAAAACAAAUCAUGAAUUUAGUUAAGGCGUCCAAUAAGCUGCAAGAUUCGUGUGACUUGUAUGAGAAGGAAAACGAAGCGCUGAGGGAUAAACUGGGAAUUGCAGUCGACGAAGUCGUCAGUACUAGUAGUGUCUCAGCCAAGCAGAAACAACAAAAGAAAGAAUUCCAGUCGCUGAAAAAAUUGGUACAAAAACUAGAAGAAGACAAACUUGAACUGAAGAUGAAACUUCAUGAGCAGAAACGGCUCCCGGAACAAAGCGAAGAGAAACCUGAUACUUAUAGGUCGCAGGACCACGAUGUUUCCACUAAGGAUCAAAUUAAGGUCUUAGUGGAAGAGAAUGAAGCUUUGAGAAAAGGAAUGCACGAAAUUAUGGACAGUCUCAACUCGAGAAAAGAAUCGAGCUUAAAGGAAGUAAAAUGUGAAACUUUUGAGAAGCUACUGAGAGCUUUGGAUGUUAAGCACAUUUCGGGGUGGUACCACCCUGCAAUGAGACUUCAAGCGGAAUUACACAACCAAGAAGGAGUUAAUGCCGAACUUAGGGAACAACUGCGAUUGGUUAGAUUAGAGUCGUUAUCAGCUAGAAGCAUAUCUGAGAGAAGUGGAGACGUGGUAGACACCAGUCUUGCCAACACGAUUUCAGGGGCUGAUCUUGCCACUAUUAACAGUAUUCACCAAACCCUACAAGAUCUUUUUAUGAAACUGGAAGACGAUACGACGAACAAUGCAGAAAUUGAAGCCAAACUUGUAACCUAUCAGAACAAUUUUGAAGAAAUUCGUCUACAAAUCGACUUACUAUAUCAAGAAUAUCUAAACGAAAAACAAAACUUAAUUGACAAACUUUCGGAAUACGAAGAACGAAUAAUGGACUUGGAAGAAGCUAACAGUAUUAAAGAGAAAAAACUAGCUUUAGUUGUACCAGAAGCAUCUGCAGAUGACGCUUUAGUCACGAAAUCGCUUCAACUAGCCGAAGACAAUAUCGUCCUCAAUAGAAAACGCGCUUACCUCGAAAACGACAUAACGAGGUUAACUUUGCAGGUUACUAAUUUACAAAACGAUCUAACCAGUGCAGAGGCCACUUGUUUGAAAAAGAUUCACGAUUUGUCGCAGAAGAACAAAACGUUGAUCAAUUCAGUCGAAGUUUUGACAAAUCAGGUGAAAUUUGGCGUUGAUUCCAGUGAUUACGCAGAACUGAAGGGCAAUUUUGAGGGUUUGACCGUCAAGUAUAGGGAUUUGUUGCACAAAUUUGGACAAAUGGGACGCGAUAGAGACUUCCAGGUGAAAAUGCUGGAAGAAAUGAGGAAGAAUUUGCAAAACGAGAAAAACGAACUGGAAAAUAAAGUAGUAAAUCUGUGCGAAAAGCUUUAUUGUUGUAGCAACGGUGAAAGUAACGAGGAUUUAGAAAUUUUAGCUACGAAGUUAGCUAAAGUGGAAGCUAGCGAAAUUAGUGAAAGACAGAGGGCGAAUCAUACUAAUAACUUGUAUGAGUUGGUUAAGGAUCAGCUGCAGAAGUCAGAAGAGCGGCUUAAGCAGAUCGACAAAUACAACACCGAGGUUCUUCAGAAGAAUUUAGUUCUUCAAGAACAGUUAAAAGAUGCGGAGAAUAAGCUAGUCAGUUUCGUGGAUCAGGCAGCCCACAAAUCACUUCAGUCGAAAUACAACUCUCUCCUUCAAAAUAAUGAUAAGCUAGUCCUUUCUAUAACGGAUCUACAACACGAAUUAUCGUCUCUGAAGAACUCCACCAAAGUCGCUGCUUAUCGUAGCAGCCAACGUGAACAAGAACUACUCAGUUUGAAGCAUCAGUUGGUGGAUUUGCAGGCCGUUUCGGACGACAAGAUGCAAAUCGCCCGUUUAAGCAGCGAAUUAUCACACUCGCGACUGCAGGAAGCCGAUUGCACCCACAAAAUGGAGCAAUUAUCCGAGGAAUUACGAAUCUCCAACAACAAAAACGCCGAACUAGUGACAGAGAUGCAGCGUAAAGCCGCUGAAGCCGCAGACAGAGACAACGAACUGAAACGAAAAGUCAGUGUCCUGCGGGAGCUGUUGCUCAAGUCGAAGCUGCAGUAUUUGGGGUGCGUGCCGCUGCCGUCGGAGGAGAAGUUUGUGAAUACUAUUCAGAGGGCGGUUAAUGAUAAGCAUGAGGCGUUUUUGAAUUUGUAUAAUGCGCAGAUUGUUGCGAGUGAGAGUAUGGUUUUGAAGGAGCAUUAUGAGAAGGAGCUGGCGAGUGUUGAACAGGUGCUGAAGACGAGUGGGGCUGAUUUUGAGAGGAUAAAGGAAAUUAUGGUGGGGCAUCAGGAGAAAAAGAUGUCGCAGUUUAAUGAAAUAAAAUAUCGUCGACAGUACUCCCUCAAAGAAACCCAACUCCAGCACGUCUUCGACCGCGUAAAAAUCCAAGACGAACAAAUCAUAAAACUCGAAGAAGAACUAUUCGCCUUGCACAAAAAUUUCGCCUUUGAUUUAGAACCAGACACUCCGAUGACCCCCGUCCUCCAGGAAAAGUCUCCCAAGUCCGAUCCACCGAUGAUAAAAAUAACCAAAAGCAAAGAGACGCAGACGGAUGUGACUCAGCAAGAGAAUCUCCAGGAAAACGAGACUUUCAAUAAUUUACGGGCUGAACUUAUUACAGCCACUAAUGAAAUUGCCAGUAAGGAAGAAACGAUCCAGCAACUAAAAAGCAAAAUAACGGAACACGAAAUGAAUAUAAGUUUAUUUAGAAAGCAGCUGGGAGACAAACAGAGCCAAAUUACGUUUUAUGAAAGGCAUAUAUUGGAGCUGCAGAGCAAGAAGGAGAUAUCGGCCACAGAGGGCAUCGAUUUGAACACGAACGAAGAGGUUUUGGCACUGAAGUGUUCUCUGAAAACUUUCCAGGACAAUAUGAAACAGAAGGAAGACGACAUUCUUAAAUAUCAGUCGUUGUUGAAGGAAGAUCGUGAUAAACAUAGCAUGGCGGCGUCGCUAAUGAGAGACGAACUUAAGGUUCUCCAGAAAUGUUUAAGCGAAGAGAAACAGAAAGUCGUUGAGCUGAAAUCCUCCAUCAGCGGCGUCCACCCCAGCAAAGCCGCCCUCGAGCAGUAUUUCCUCCAGGUCCACUCUCUCGAGGACGAAUUGUCGGAUCUACGCACCAAGGUUUCGAGUUUGGAGUCCCAAUUACAGGCCAGCAGACAGGAAGCCGUCAGAUGGCGCGUUCUGGCUAACGACAGGCUGGAAACGAUGCAGAACCUGGGCAAAGACCUGGAGGAUUUGCAUCGUAACGAAAUUAUGGCGUACAAAAACGAGGCGGAAAAAUGGAGAGAAGAGGUUACGAAUUUGAAGCAAAUGAUCAGCAAAUACAGGAGCGAAAUCGGGCACGAAUCGGAUUUUCAGAAACUGAUUAAGGAUAGGGACGAUAAGAUCCACGAGCUGAGCGUCCUGAUGCGACAGGCUAAAAACGAAGCGAGGAAGAACGCAGAGAAAUCCGACCCGGAUUCGCUGAGUAAAGUUAACGAGCUUGAAUCAACCAAGGAACAAUUACUGAGGGAACAUGAAGCAAUUAAAAAAAGAUUUGAUCAAUUAUUGACACGCGAGAGAAGCGCGAGGGAAGAAAUCCGAGAACUAAAAGGGAAACUUUUGAAAAAACCGAUCCUGUCGGCACGCAGCGAGAAAAGCGAGCGAUCCAUCAAAGAGCAGCUCCAAAAGAAAAUCAAUUCGCUGGAAGCCGAAGUCGCCGAACUGAAAGAGAAUCUGUCCCGACAGAUAUCCAUCAACGAGUCGCACCGAGUGAAAAUUUCGCAAGACUUCGAGAGGUGGAACAAACAGAAACACUACCAACAGCUCUCCGAGAAGCUGAAAGCCAAACUGAAGGCGAAAGAGGGCGAUUUUGAGAAACUUCAGGAAACUUGUGCCGGGUACAGGUCGCUGAUUGAGCGUUUAGAGAGGGAAAAGUACAAUUUGGAGAUUAAAAUACGCAAUUUGAAAAGUGGCACGACCCAGCAGAGCUCGGCAGAAAUUGAAAUGCUGAAGUUGGGAAAUAUGAAGUUGAUGUUGGAGAACGAAACUUUGACGUCGAAACUUGAAAUGCAGCAGCACCAUUCGGGGGGUUUGGGGGCCGCCAUGUUGCAGGAGAAGUUGGAGGCGCAGGAGAGGAAAAUCGCCAUUUUGGAGUUGUCGAAUAAGGGGAGCGUGGAGGUCCGCGCCGAGCUGGACCGCCUCCAGAACACCGUGUCGAACCUACAGAAGAGCAACCUGUGCCUAGAAGCGGAAAAUCUGGAGCUGAAAUUAGACCUCGAGAAAUCCACAAAAGAACUUCCUCAUUUGCGCGAACAAAUCCAGCAUUUAGAGAACUACAUCGAGGUAUUAAAGAAGGAAAACGUGGAAACCGCAAAUCCCGACGUGGGCGCGAACCCAAAAACGGACGCGAAAAAAAUCAGCGAGUUGGAAAGGACGAUUUUCGUGCUGAAGCGAGUGGUGGAAAAGCUACAAGCGGAAAAUAAGAGGUUAUUGACCGGAAAACGUUUUUAUUCCGAUCGCACGGGUUCCGAAGAUAAAUUAAAGAGGGACCAUCAGAGACUAAAGGAGCAAUACUGCGAGAGCGUCCAAAAGGUUGGCAAGCUGGAAGAAGAGGUUAAAACGCUGAAAACCGGCCAAAACAAACCUGUUAGUGAUAGUGUAGCCGUUUUAUCGGAUGAACUGGCGCAAGUUAGGGAACAAUUGGAACAGAAGACGCAGUUGUUGAACAAAGUUAAAGUUUUAUUGCAGCGAGCGGCGAUAAAAGAAAAGGCAUUAUUGCAGGAGCUAGAGGUGCUGAAGCUGCGAACGCAGGAAUCCAAGCCGGGCGAAAAUCAAUAGGACCUACAAUAAACAAGAUUAUUGUAGCUAGAGGAUGCAGUUACCCAUAUCAGUCAUAUCUCAUUUAACUUAUUAAAUAUUACACAGAUCUAAUUUCAGGAAUAAAUAAGUGCACAUUUUUGUAUAUUUUUUUAAUAAAGUAAAUACAAAAUGAAA